CCUCUGCAGGUAGCAGCGCUCCUGGAAUGAGAGACUAUUUCUCUAUCUAGCACAGUAUUGUUGUCCUCCUCUGAACCUCGUCCUCUCUAGGUGCUCCAGCUGUCUUUGCCUGCUGACAACCACCACUUGGAGUGACAGGUGUGUCGGACCUCCGAACAGAUGGGAUCCAGGUGCCAAUUCUUCCUGCUCUUGCUGAUGUUCUUCCUGGUCUCUAAAGAUUUGGCACUGCUGGAAACGGAUGGAGGCUGGCUGACAAGCAAACGCUCUGCCCUAAUGGAAGAAGACACUUGUACCGUGGAGAGACUGGAUUCCACUCUCACCUACUCCCAGUUCAUUCAACAGUAUGCCUUCUCUCGGCCAGUUAUACUGCAAGGAAUCACAGACAACUCGGAGUUCCAGGCUCAGUGUACCAAGCACAAGCUGCUAGCCAUGUUUGGGGAUCGCCCGGUCCGUCUCAGCACCGCUAAUACCUACUCUUAUCGUAAAGUCGACGUGCCUUUCCAGGAUUACGUGGAUCAGUUUCUGGAGCCGCAGGACCUGGACUCCCUGGGGAGUGAAACACUCUACUUCUUCGGGGAUAAUAAUUUCACCGAGUGGGGGCCCCUCUUGCGGAAGUACACCCCCCCGCCUUUCCGGAUCCCAGGCACGACUGGAGCAUACAGCUUUGGAAUUGCUGGGUCUGGCUCAGGAGUGCCCUUCCAUUGGCAUGGCCCUGGUUACUCAGAGGUGAUCUUUGGCAGGAAGCGCUGGUUUCUGUAUCCCCCGGAGAAAACGCCGGAGUUCCACCCCAACAAAACGACCCUGUCCUGGUUACUGGAUACAUACCCUUUCCUGCCGCCAUGGGAGAGGCCAAUAGAAUGCACCAUUCAUCCAGGAGAGGUCCUGUACUUCCCAGACCGCUGGUGGCACGCCACCCUCAACCUGGACACCAGUGUUUUCAUCUCCACCUUCCUGGCUUAGCGGAUCCAGACGGCGCCCGGCUCCUCCGUAGGGGGAAUGCCUGCCCUCUCCCCUACAGCUCCGUACAAAGAAACCGGAUUUCUUUGUUGCAGGCAGACCUCCGCAGCUGGGCUAGCGACCAUGGGGCUACCCCAGUCUCUCGUAAGCACAGCACCGGAUUAGGGGAAAAGGCAAGCGGCGGCCUGACAGUGGGCCACUGGCCGCAUCCCGAUGGCUAACACAGCGCUCGCUGUCAAUUCAAAGUAGACCCGGGUUCUUAAGCAAAGAACCAGAUUGCUUAAUGCAGUUUGGUUACGGAUUCACUGAAAAGAUCCUGGUGGAGCACAUGUAAACACACAGAUGGAUCAUGGCCGGACUAGACAUUUGACAGCGGAGUUCGCUCCGGGAAGCCGCGUCUCCUCCACAUGCCUAAAAAGGUGGUGUGGCGGUUGUGAUUUGUAAGGGAGAGCAGUAGAAGCUGGUGACUCCGAUGUCAGUGGGGUGGUGAAUCCGCUCUGGGGUUUGGUCAGUACCUUGGAUAGCUCGUUUAGAGUUUUGGCCAAAACCCGGAGCGGAUUCACCACCCCACUGACAUCAGAGCCAUCAGCCUCCACUGGGGGUGAGGGAGGGGUGCAUAACCCUCUCCCCAGAUGUAUGUUCCUUCUCCCCCCCCCUUGUUGCUUCUGCUUUUCAGGUGCCUAGCAAGGACUUGGGUCUGCCCCAGACUUCUCAUUUGACCCUUGAAAAAGCACUCCAGGGAGCUGAGUGGACAGCAAACCCUGAAAUUAUUCCCGAAUUUGCUCACCCACCAUUAUACUGUACCUGUCUCACUCCCCAGAGGGAACAUUUACACGGAUAAGUGGAUAAAGGAACUAGCCAUUUCUAGCCUCCUAAUGACCACUUUUGUGUAAACGACUCAUCCUUAAGGAAGUUUUAUAAUCCUCGGUUUACUGACCAGGAAGGAAAGCCAAAUUACUUCCCUGUAAAAUAUGUUGAUGACAGUUGUCACAAACCGGAAAGGCCUCGGUUUGGCUGAAGUUAAGCCUUCUGUUUACAAGUCGUCUCCUGUGAUUAAAGCAGGACACAGCAAUAUACUUUUCUCGUCUGGGGCUGGCGACUUUACGGUUUCCUUUUUUCACAGGCUCUGCUCCUGUGCCUAACUUCAGCUCGGUGGGCAGAAA